ACCACCCAGAACAAACGAACGUUUCGCUUCCGCUCUCUCCGAUCCCGAUUCGGUUUCGAGUGAUUUGUUCGCAUCUCCCCCGCCGCCAUGUCGAAGCUUCCCCUCCCUUUCGCCGCCCCGUCGCCCUCCGCCCCUGUUGCCGCCGGUGCCGUUCAGCCCGUGAAGGACCGGAAGAUGGCGUCCGCGGAGCAGCUUGUGCUGGAUCUUCUUGACCCGCAUCUCCGAGAAAAUGCGCUGCUCGAUCUCUCCAAGAAAAGAGAGAUAUUUCAAGAUUUAGCUCCACUAUUAUGGAAUUCUUAUGGCACUAUUGCAGCACUCCUUCAGGAGAUUGUUUCAAUAUACCCCUAUCUUUCCCCUCCAACUCUGUCGCCAGGAGCAUCGAAUCGAGUUUGUAAUGCACUUGCUCUUCUUCAGUGUGUGGCCUCACAUCCUGAUACAAGGAUUCAUUUCCUCAAUGCACAUAUACCUUUGUAUUUGUACCCAUUUUUAAAUACUACAAGCAAAACAAGGCCUUUUGAGUAUUUAAGACUAACCAGCUUGGGAGUUAUAGGUGCGCUUGUAAAGGUUGAUGAUACUGAGGUUAUCGGUUUUCUUCUUCAGACAGAAAUAAUUCCUUUGUGCUUGAGAACUAUGGAGAUGGGUAGUGAACUUUCAAAAACAGUGGCGACUUUUAUUGUGCAAAAAAUAUUAUUGGAUGAUGUUGGGCUUCGAUAUAUUUGUGCUACUGCAGACCGCUUCUAUGCUGUGGGUCAAGUGCUUGGGUCUAUGGUUACAUCACUUGCUGAGCAACCCUCUACUAGGCUAUUGAAGCAUAUAAUCCGUUGUUACCAACGGCUUUCAGAGCACCCAAGGGCAUGUGACAGUUUGAAGAACUGCCUUCCAGAUAUGCUAAAAGAUGGAACCUUUAACAAUUGCCUUCGUGAUGAUCCUGGGACACGAGAGUGGCUACAACAGCUUCAGGACAAUGUAAGCGGAGCAAAGCGAGUAGCCAACCUUCAUGCUAGACUAGAUCACAUGAUGGGAAACUAGGAUUUCGCAAAUGAAGGGGAGUCCGAGGUAUUUGAUGGGGAGCAGCCUUGUUGGAUACCAAGUCUCUGACAAUUGCAGGUCUUGCAAAAGGCAUGCUUACCCUUUUUUUCUCGUCUGAUGGAGAGGCCAGGUAGAGCUUCAAAAUCUUGGAAAAUUUUAGGGCAGCAACCAAGGACUGGAGAAAACCGGAAGGUCGUCGGCCAAAGAAGAAACUGGAAAUUUUGAUAUUGACACCAUAUUUCAGACUUUGAAUGCGCCGUUGAUCAUCACCUCCAUAAUAAUAGCUAAAAGAUAUGGGGUCAGGGGGUCUUCUUGUCGCAGCCCUCUUUCAGAUCGGAAGAUUCUGACGAGAAUCGUCGGCGAGGAUGGGAACCAUGGGGUCACCGAUGCAGGCUUUAUUUCCGGGGGUCCGAGUAUUAAUACACCCAAGACAUUGAAGGUAUUCUGAAUUUUUGAUAAUUUCAUUUUUAAAAAAAAUAAUAUUUUAGGAAUUCUACAUAUCUCCAAGAUGUAAUCAAUGAAUAAUAUUACUCUUUGGAAGUUAAAGUUUAAAAUACAAUUCACCAUCACCAUUUACAUCA